AUGGCGUCCUCUCUCACCGAGCCGCGAGUUUAAUGUGCAGCAAAUCGAGGCAGCCGCCCCCGCCUCCUCUCUCUCUCUUUCUCUCUCUCUCUGUCUUUUCUUUUUUCUUUUUGAUUUAACCAUUAUUUAUUUAAUUAAUUUGCAGCCACCAUCUCCCGGUCGGUGCGCUGCAGAGGGAAUGAUGCGGCCAGCGUGCGUCGCCGCUUUAUAGGCGCAUCCGCAGCUUCUCUGCGCGGUGCAAGGUGUCUUUGAACCUGAGACGGAGAAAUCAGAGGAAGGCUCUGUUUUGACUCACGUAUGUGGAGAUGGUUUUGGACAAGCAUCUGCUGCAGGGUGGUUCCCAUCAGGUAGCGCUGCCUCUCUUUCCCUGUAGUGUCGGGUGUGGACGAUGAUGAGGAUGUUCCUGAACAGACGCAGACAGAGCGAGCAUCGUCCUGGACGCAGACUCCAAAAGACGAAACUUUCCAGAAGCCGGAGAAUUCUUGUCAUUUCAGACGACGCUCUGAGAGGCAGCGUUCAUCUUCCUCUUCUGACAACGACCGUAAGAGAGAAGAAAGUAUCCCUAGGAAGACCUGCUGAGUCGAGACCAGUCAAACCUCUUUAGGUCAUCAAGGACCUGUUUUAUUCUUCUAAAGUUCAAAGAAGCAUCUCUCUCUGCAGACCGUCAGAUUUAUUGAAAGAGCACAGAUUCAUAAAGGGCUUUGCGUGGAUCUCAGCAUGCUGCCAACAGGACAGAGCAAGCCAUCUGGAACUUUUCACAAAAUCCUUCGACCGCUUCUGUUCAGUAUUUUUAUUCUCGGAUGUUUUGUGACUGCCUUCUUGAUGUAUUUUAAGCCAUCCACCAGCUGGUUAAAUGGUCCAUUAGAGUCAUCUGAUUCCUCAAAUCAUGUCAAGCAUGUCUUUGCAAAGAGUGACAAAAACAUGACUACAGUUCUUGUUUGGCUGUGGCCCUUUGGACAAACCUAUGAAAUGAACAUCUGCAGCUCUGCCUUCAACAUUGAGGGCUGCUUCAUCACAGCGGAUAAAAACUUCUACAACAAAUCGGACGGGGUCGUCAUCCAUCACAGAGACAUUGCUGGGGACCUGUCCAACUUGCCGACAUCCCAGCGUCCCCCGUUCCAGAAAUGGAUUUGGAUGAACUUGGAGUCGCCGUCGCAUUCAGCCCAGCUUCCUGGGAUUAAUAACUUCUUCAAUCUGACUCUCAAUUAUCGUCAGGAUUCUGACAUCCAAGUGCCUUAUGGGUCUAUCGUGGCAGCAGAUACUGUGGAGGACUUUGUACCGCCAAGCAAAAACAAACUGGUCUGCUGGAUCGUCAGCAACUGGAAUCCUGAACAUGUACGAGUGAAAUAUUACAACGAGUUGUACAAACACAUUGAAGUUCAUGCGUAUGGACAUGCAUUUGGGGAGUACAUCGCUGACAAAGAUUACAUCCCCACUAUGGCCAGCUGUAAGUUUUAUUUGUCCUUUGAGAACUCAAUCCACAAAGACUACAUCACUGAAAAACUUUACAUCCCCCUCUCUGUGGGCACAGUGCCAGUGGUUCUUGGCACAACCAGAGAAAACUAUGAGAACUUUGUUCUAGGAGACGCUUUUAUCCAUGUGGAUGAUUUCAGCUCACCCAAAGAGCUGGCUGACUAUCUGCUUCUUCUGGACAAGAACGAAGAACUGUACCUUGGGUACUUUCAAUGGAGACGGCACUUUAAAGUAAACAGAGCCCAUUUCUGGGCGGAGCACACAUGCCAGGCUUGUGCUUACCUGAGACAACACAAAGAAUACAGGGCAUUCAAUAACCUUAACAAGUGGUACUGGGGCUGAUGGUGCUUAGAUGGACUAUGCAGCACUCAUCACCUCUCUAUAAGGUGGGACUCAGCACAAAGAAAAAAAAACAAUUACUUGGUGAGACAAACAUUAAGUUGAAAAUUUAGAUGUAAUAUUUAAUUCAGGCCUUUUCGAAAUACCAUCUCAUUUGUGAUUGUGAAGAUGUCACCUAUGCAGAGCACUGAAGUCAAAUGUGAAGGUAGUUUAACACUGUCGUGCAUAAUUUGGGAAAUCUGUAGCUGUCUUUUAACAUUCGUUUACAUUUGCACUGCAAAUCUAAAAGAUGCUUCUCUUCACAUUUUGUGAAGACUGAUCAAGGAUCGUAGUAGUAAUUACUCACAGGGAGCGUCUCAUUAUGAGCAUUGUCCAAGUCUUGACAUAAAUGAAGAAAAUAAGUAAGGAGUAUGGAGACUAUCUUCCUUUCUUAUACCUGCUUUUUUCUGUUUGAUGUCUUGUUUCAUUCUAUCCUUCAACACUUCCUUGUUUUCUUAAAUCUUUUUUUUUUUAUUUCUUGUAUUCUAGGUUCUCUUUUGACUUCCUUUUCCCUUCACUCUUCCAUCUCUUCCUCCUUUUUUAAUCUUCUCUGUUUGAGUCCUUCUUUUCAUUCUUCAUUCUUCCUUUCUUUCUUUCUCUCUUUCUUUCUUUUUAAUUGUGGCUCAGUUUCCAUGACCUUCUGAGUAUUUCCCCUUGUGUUUAAAUCCAAAUACUCAAAGGCAAAGAAAAGAUACAUCUCCAAGAGGUUACAGAAGGAAAUGAAGAAAAUUUUGCGGUAAAUCCUUUGAACAUUAAGUAAACCACUACACUCAGGAAUCAUUUCAUCCCUAUUAAACUGGUGACAACAACCAAACACACAAUCUUGACUUCUCUGAAAACACACCAAUGAACUAGUGUCAACAUUUAUCAGGACUCCAAGCAUACUGAUUACUUUCCAGACUAAAUGUGACAAACUCUGAGACAGCUGUGCAAAUGUCUUCUUAAUGGCAUCGGCCAAUUAAUCACAGAACUGAUGAUGUCACGACAACAUGAACCAACAUUUGUGUUUGUUUUGUCUAUUUUGAAAGAAAAUGAUGUCUCAUCAGGUUAUCCCUGUGAUUUUGAACAUCUUUGUUUACCAGUUUUGUCAGUCGAUAUGAAUCGGGCUGCUUUCGGUAACAACCAGGCAAAAGCCAGUACAACUCCAGAAAAUGCAAAGCCUUUGAGAUGGCAUGACUAAACAGUUGUAAAAAACAAAAGACAGUUUUUAACCUGCCUGCACCUCUUCCAAACCAAAUAAUGUGUCACGCCAAAAGUCAAGAGUAAUUCGUAGUUCAGUAGGAUGUCAAGUUAUUGAGCAAACAUUCUCUAAACUAAAUUCAGUUCAGGUAGAGGAUUUUUUUUUUUUUGCAAUACAAACCAACUUUUGAAUUAAAACUCUGAAGUGAUCGGCUGCAACAUUCAUCUCAUUGUAGCUAACAUCUCAGUUUACAGCAGAUGACAGUCAGUUCGUUCCAAAGGAGCCUCCAACUACAGCAUAAAAUCAAAACAUGGUUGAGUCCAUAUGCUGUGCUUCUCUGCAAUCUCAAAAUAAAGCCUCAAAUAUUUAUUUAUAGAUAAAGUUAAAUACAGAUUUUUGAAUGGAAGUUUUUUCCAAAACCGUUUUGUUCUGAAUUAAAAAUAUUUCAUAAAUCAUCCAUAUUUUUUCUCUGUGACUCAUCAGAGAGUCAGUAGUUGAAAGCGGGUUUUGUGGUGCUUUUUCCCUUUCUUGCAUGUAGCACAACAGAACAAUUAAGAUCAGUAACAUGAUCAUAUUACUUUUAGAUCUCCUUUGAAAAGCUGUAAAUUGGAUUCAAUCAUCACGCAUCAUUAAUGUUUAGACAUUGAGUUUUUCAUUUAAUUUUUAGUUCUGAGCAAAAACCAUGUGAACAUUUUAUGCAAGUUGAACUGGCAGCUUUCUUUUGGGUCAAUGCCUGAAAUAUA